AUGAUUAUGAGUGGUUCGGAUUUCGCGCAGGUCCUUUGGGCGACAAGGCUGGUUCGCUCUGGGCAGGACCACGUCAGAUCUCUGAACUGGCGCGCGAUCGGAUCCGAUGCAGAAGCCCAAGACUCGCUGGGGUCAAAGGAGGGGGUGCAGUGGCUGGGUACGAACCGCUUCACAGCAGCCUCGGACAGUUGA